CCUCAUGAUUCCAUGUUCUCUUUACUGUCUGUAACAUAGACAAUGAUAAUAUAAUAAGUUAAUUAAUAACAGAAACACAAAAUUUCUACAACUGAUCGGUGGAGAUGGUAUGUUCCGCUCGAUUACUCAAUGUUUCCUAUCCCCGAACGCCGUCGUUUUGUUCAUAUGUUUCGCCUGCACACCAUAACUCCAGGUAUUUCUGUACAAACCCUAAAUCUACCGUCCGAUGGCGUUCGAUGUCAUCGUUCGAUCCAUAUGCGUCUAUGUAUGCUUCUGCUGCUUCGAUUGAUACUGAUUCAGCGGCCAAAAACGCUGCAGGGUUUUGUAUAAUUGAAGGACCUGAAACAGUUCAGGACUUUGAUAAAAUGGAUAUACAGGAAAUUCAGGAUAAUAUUAGGAGUCGUCGGAAUGAGAUAUUUUUGCAUAUGGAGGAGGUUCGUCGACUAAGGAUACAACAGAGAAUAAAAAGUGCCGAGCUUGGAAUUGUAAACGAAGAACAAGACAACGAACUUCCAAAUUUUCCAUCAUUCAUCCCCUUCUUGCCUCCUCUGUUUGCAAAUUUUGGAACACUAGAGCAACAUGGAUUUGCCAGGAACAGGCUAUGGUCGCUAGACGAUGACCCUUCUCCUUUACCCCCACAUGGUGAUACUAGCCUCACAUGGAGAAAAGUCAUGCUGCAGUAGAUGCGGCUUGUGCCGGUAAAUCGGAAGCAAAUGUCGCUAAAUCGAAGCUGGCGUCGUUAUAUGGCGGCCAUGGUGAUCAAUUGACGAUAAUCGCAGCUUUUGAAUGCUGGAAAAAGGCCAAAGAAAUGGGUCAAGAAGCAAGGUGUUGUCAUAAAUAUUUUGUGGCUGCUGGUGGUAUGAGGAUGUUAUCUGCAAUGCGUGAGCAACUUCGCCGUGAACUGUGUACGAAUGGAUUUAUUCCAAAAGAUUCAUCUAGGUUGAGCGAAAACUCUCAAGAUAAGGGAAUAAUUAACGUUGUUAUUGUUGCGGGUUUAUAUCCUUGGGUCGGAAGAUUAUUUCUUGAUGGAAAGUCGAAAAGGUAUGUUAUAAGUGAUGUUAAUGAGCAGAAGGUUACGUUGGGUCGUCAGUCGAUUAAUUCUAGGAUAACCCUUAAGAAAAAGAAGAUUGAUCCGUUGGUGAUUUACGAUGAGGUAACACUUGGUGGUAUGGGUUUCACAAUCAAGAAAUGUAGUAUUAUUGGCCCGUUUUAUUGCUAGCUACCGAAAUUGUUGUUGCUCCUAUUAACGAUGAUAACGAGACGGUUUCUGAAGACGGUAAUAAUGAAAGACGUGAAGAUGAAUUUAUGUCUAAUCCUGAUACUGCGGUCGAAGUGAUUGCUGACAGGUGGCUUUCGUUUAAGUCAACGGCUCUUGAUGCUGCUCAGAUUUGUUGUUUGAGAGAAAGAUUGUUGGAUGCAAUAUUGUUUAAGAUCACGCAUCUGGGAAAAGAUCUACCUCCAGUACUUGCAGCCUCCGUCGAUGCAAUAGCCAAGGCUUGUGAUGGCCUUGCCGGUAUUAGUGAAAUGAUUGGGGAAAAUGGUAAAAUUUCGGGUUCAGUUAAGUCGCUUUUAAAUAAGGUUAUAAAACGCAAGAAGAAGAAAUUGAAAUCGCGGAAACUCAAAACUCGUUGUCCGUCAGAAAAUCAACAUCCAAAUUAUGAUGCUCCAAGCCGAAGUUCUCGCAAACGCCGUCGUGAAGAUAUGGCUUGAAAAUUAGAGAUGGUUUUGAUGGUUAUUAUAUUGAGUUGUUUAGAUUUCUUGGCUGUCUUUUUAUAAAAUAUUGAGUUGUUUCGAUUUUUUGGCUGUCUUUUUAUAACAUGUAGCUACUUGAAUUGGUUUAAAGCCUUUAGAUUGUCCUGUUAUAGCCCAAAAGUUUUAAGGCUGUGAAUCGACAAUACAUGUAUUUUUUUUUUA